AUGAAUCCCACCACCGCGCCAGCAGCAGUGGCCUCGCAGCAACUGCAACAAGAAUCCUUGUCACCCUUCAACACCCCCAUCUCCACCUCAACCUCAACCUCAACACCCUCGCCGUCAGCCUCAGCAUCAGCAUCAGCAUCGUCCACGUCCACCACACCCGCCUCCACAACGUCCAACAACCCUCCCCUCUCCGCCGUCAUCGCCCAAUGUCACCACCGCGUGCACUCGUUCCUCGCAGAAUCGCAUCCAGAGAACUCCCUCCUCGCCGCCGUACAGCGCCAAACCCGCAUCUCCCUCGACGUGGUCGCCACGGCGCUGACCCGCUACAACCCCCUCACCGAACUCUCCCUCUCCUAUAACGGCGGCAAGGACUGUCUCGUGCUUCUGAUUCUCUUCCUCGCUGGUCUCCACCCGCACCUGGCAUCACUAGAGCAGGACAAGGACAACAGCAACGGCGAUGAGAUCCUCCCCUCAAUCCCCUCAAUCUACGCCCUCCCACCGGACCCAUUCCCCUUAGUCGAAGAAUUCGUCCAAUGGUCCUCCCGCGCCUACCACCUCUCCAUUCAAAAAUACACCACGCACCCCCCGCACGCCACCCUCCGCUCUAGCUUCCAAGACUACCUUUCCCGGAACCCGCUCAUCAAGGCGAUCUUCGUGGGCACGCGACGCACGGAUCCGCACGGCGCGAAGCUGACGCAUUUCGAUCGUACGGAUAGCGGAUGGCCGGACUUCGUGCGCGUGCAUCCCGUCAUCGAUUGGCAUUAUGCGGAGAUUUGGGCGUUUAUUCGCCAUCUUGAUUUGAAGUAUUGUCCGUUGUAUGAUCAGGGGUAUACCAGCUUGGGAGGGACGGGGGAUACGCAUCCGAAUCCGAUGUUGCGCGUUGAUGCGAACAAGAGGGAGGAGGAGGAUCGGCAAGGUAGUGCUGGUCAGUAUCGGCCGGCUUAUGAGUUGACGGAGGAUCUGGAGGAACGGCUCGGGCGCCAAUGA